UUUGGAAAGGGGAGCCCUUCAUAUUUAUGUCCUUCACUCAAGGAGUUGUAUGCUCCUCAAGAAGUUCCUUCAGUGACGCUAUAAAACCUGGAUUGAGUGCACAGAAAGGCAUUUACUCUUCUGUUGAUGUAAAGAACAGGCACUUGCAACGCUUCUCUGUAAUGUCACAGAGUUUGGGAAAAUUUAGUUAAACUAGUUCUUGUUCAAUUUACUUGCAUUUGAGGUGUGCAUAGUCAGGUAUUCCAUUUCAGGUUUGGUGGGAGUUUUCUGAGGGAGAAUGGGGAAUAAAACUUCAUCAGUUCUAUAAAAAAGAAAAGAAAGUAAACGAUUGUGUUGGAAAAACAUUGUGAUUUGAUGUGGCUUUCUGAAUGAAUGAUGGUCUUACCUUUUGGGUUUGGAUUGAAAGUCUAAAAUACUUGAGCAAUAAGCAAGUAGCAAGCUUACUUUCACUCUGUGCUUCCCACCUCUAGUAAAGCGCGUUCGCCAGGUUGCUGAUUAGAAAAGUUUGUGUACUUUGAGCAGUCUGUCUUCAUCCCUCUGCCUUCCCCUCACGUUACAGAAAGCAAACGGUGAGCAGAGGAAGUGUCGACAGUUACGCUGCGUGUCUCCCUGUGCCACAGGUGUUCGGAAGGGGAGCGUGCUGGCCAGGCCGGGGGCUGCCAUGGUGCUGGCCCCCGCUGCAGGGAGAUAGCAGAGAUGGUGGCCUGAGGGCGCCGGCCCCACACGCAGACAUGGCCUUUGCCCAGUCCCACAUCAUGGCAGCCAGGAGGCACCAGCACAGCCGGCUCAUCAUCGAGGUGGAUGAGUACAGCUCCAACCCCACACAGGCUUUCACGUUCUACAACAUUAACCAGGGACGCUUCCAGCCCCCACAUGUGCAAAUGGUUGAUCCGGUGCCCCACGAUGCUCCGAAGCCUCCAGGAUAUACACGAUUUGUCUGUAUUUCUGAUACUCACUCAAGAACUGAUCCCAUCCAAAUGCCAUAUGGAGAUGUGCUAAUACAUGCUGGUGAUUUUACUGAGCUGGGACUUCCUAGUGAAGUAAAAAAAUUCAACGAGUGGCUAGGUAGCCUGCCCUAUGAAUACAAGAUUGUGAUAGCAGGAAAUCAUGAAUUGACCUUUGACCAGGAAUUCAUGGCUGACUUAAUCAAGCAGGACUUUUACUAUUUCCCCUCUGUUUCUAAGCUGAAGCCAGAGAGCUAUGAAAAUGUACAGUCUCUUCUAACAAACUGCAUCUAUCUUCAAGACUCUGAAGUGACCGUGAGGGGAUUCAGAAUAUAUGGCUCCCCUUGGCAACCUUGGUUUUAUGGCUGGGGCUUUAAUCUUCCACGAGGCCAAGCACUAUUAGAGAAAUGGAACCUUAUUCCAGAUGGAAUAGAUAUUCUUAUAACACAUGGACCACCUCUCGGUUUUCUAGACUGGGUUCCUAAGAAAAUGCAACGAGUAGGGUGUGUUGAGCUGCUGAACACAGUCCAGAGACGAAUACAGCCAAGGCUUCAUGUUUUUGGACAUAUCCAUGAAGGUUAUGGUGUCAUGGCUGAUGGAACCACCACCUAUGUGAAUGCAUCUGUGUGCACUGUGAAUUACCAGCCACUUAAUCCACCUAUAGUUAUUGACUUACCUACUCCAAGGAACACAUGAUUAUAAUGAGGAUUUAAAGUUAUACCCGACACAUAAGCAACUUUAUAUUGCUGUCUGAGAAUCCCCAUAGGGAACCAUUCAACAAAAAAAGCAAAAUCCUUUUUUUCCCUGCUAGCUCUUCACAGAUAAAUUUAGAGUAACAAAAGUGGACAAGAAACAAAGACAUUUUGGUGCCAGAACCAGACUAAGACUAACAUUUCACCAUUAAAAUGUUUGUGAACACAGAAAAGUGAAUGCAUUCCA